GUCUUCGGAGCGAGUUUUGAAAGCACCCGGAAGUUGACAGUGCUGGUCUCGCGCGAUUUUAAAAAGAACUAUUUUUCUAAAAUGCAGAACUUUGCAAAACUUAAAUACGCAGAACUGCGUAAGUUAGCCAAGAAAGCUGGUAUUAAAGCGAAUUUGAAGCAUGAGAAGCUAGUUGCAGAAUUGACUAAGUUCUAUGAGAAACAUGGAGCAGAGGAAAGUGAAAAACCAAUGGUUCAGGCCAAGGUCUUACCAAAGACACCAACAUUGGUUACAAAACCGAAAACACCAGUGUCUGCGCAGAAUUCCAGGACACCAAUACUGGUUGCAAAGCGACAGACUCCAUCAUCAAAACCCAAGACACCAACUCAAGUAGAGAGGGUAACACCUAACCAGCAAGGAAAACCAAUGACUCCUGGAUCUGCAAAACCUGUGUCCAGGUGGGAGAAACGUGUAUUUUCCCCAGCCAUAGCAGUCAGACCAGCCACUCCGGUUCACAAAUCUGCCACACCCACAAUCAAACCUGCCACACCUCAGACCAGACCUACACUUGCCAGUAGUAGACCUGCCUCUUCUCCUAAAGUAGCUGGCAAAAGGAAGCAAACAGACACACCUGAAGUAAGCCAACCAGCAAAGAAGCGAAGAAGUACAUUUGAAAAAGUAGCAACACCAGAUCUGAAGUCACCCAAAAUUGGUGAAAACAAUACCAAAAAUCGUAGGAGUACCUUUGAGAAAGUCCCCACACCAAAUCUAAAGACACCUGAAAUUGAGAGCCCAAUGCGUAGAAGAUCUGGGCGACAGAGUGCAGGCUCGAGCCAGUCAGUAACAGAGAUGUUAGGAGCGAUGAAUGGUGAUAUGAAUGAUGAGGAAAUGAAACAGAGUCUGUUGUCAGUUCUCGAUAAAAAUGUUCAAGAUAAAGCGAAAGCAGCUCCAGCACCUGGAAGCACAAGUAUACCAAGGUUUGCAGCAUUUGUGAAGAAACGCCAGGAGGCUAAACCUAUCACACCAGGAAACAAAGACUGGGAUAAGAUUCACAAAAAGAAUUUUGACAAGUUUGAUUCCAUUGAUGUAUAUCUGAACAAGAAACGAAAGAGGGCCGAGGAGAUGACGGCAUCAGUGAAGAAGGCCAAGACAUUGCUGAGUGAGGUUCGCACAGCUGUAGAUAAAUUGAAAUCUCACAAAACGCCCGAUACUAAUGAAAAUAAAUUUGUAAAACCGAGAGUAUCAAAUGCCAACAAGACAACACCGUUCAAGCCCACAGUGGUGAACACUAGUAAAAUGAACUUAAACUUUGGAACAAAGAAAUCGCCAAAAACCUUGCCAAGGAAUCCAACUAAACCUGUUGUCUCCUCCACAGUGAAGAGUACUCAGCCAGCAGCCAGGAAAUCCACAGGUUCAGUUGCACAACGCAAAUCAUUGACCACACCGUUUAAAUUUACUGCUGUAAAUCCAUCCACACUGAACCACACCAUUGCUUCAACGAAGAAACCGGCAUUCGACUUGAAGGCCAGUCUUGCAAGGCCUAUAACAUGGAAGCCCCACAAAGGAAAACUGAAACCAGUAGAUAGUACCACCAAGAGUCCAGUUUAUAGUAAGGCUGUCAGUGCUGCCAAAAUAAAGAAAGACAGAGAAGUGACACGGACAAAUGUAGCAAAGAGACGAGCAGAUAAGAAACACAACGCACAGAUGGCCAGAAGAGGGAUAAAAAUAUGAAAAAUUAACAUUGUUGUAACAAAAUGAAACCAUACUUGUCACUUGUUUACCAGUGUUCCUAUGAAAGAAAUACUAAUUCUGAAGUAGUAUGUUUUCUAGUGCCAAGUAGAAUCUAUCAUAUAGAUAACUUUGAGAUGGAACAGUAUUUCAACAGUCCUACACAAAUAAUAGACUGCCAGUGCCAUAUUGGAAAGUUUAGUAUCAGCCUUCGAUACAAUGCACUUUUCUUGUUGAGAAAAAAAAUCAACUUAAAUGUGUUAAAGCAAUCACAAAUAGCAUAAUUGUUCAUAUGGAAAUCUUGCCAUUGACAAAUUUUUAAUACAUUUUUUGAAGCAUUUUGUGUAUAUCUUUAUAUAGUUGAAUGUCAUUCAAUUCAGAUAUUAAGGUGUAAUUCUUUUAUUAUUCUUCAAUAAUUUUUAGCUUCCCCAAUAAAGACAAAUAAAGUUUGAAGGAAGCCAUUGAUGAUUUCCUGCACCUUGUUAGUAUAAAUAGUUCUACAGCUUGUACUGUUUUUACAAACGUUAUUUUUGAGCAACAGUUGGACUCAUAUUCGAUAGGAUUUCACAGUAGCAAACAGCUGAUGUAAUUCUGUUUUUCAAAUUUGCCAGACAUUGAUUAUGUCCAGUUUUCAUAAUGUUUGAAUUGUCUCUACCAUAAUUAAAGUUGUAAAAUUGGCACUAUGUUAAUUUUGAUGGUAUGUUGUGUAUAUAUGUAUAUAUCCAUGGUGCUGUAUGUCUUACUUUUACCUGUACAUCUUUCUAUCAUCUAUUCCUAUAUCAUCUGUUUCUAAUAUCAUCUGUACAUAGGCAUUUCAUCAAAAUUUAAUUCAUUAGUUUUUAUUUUUCUUCUUUUUUUAUUGUUUUAUGCAUGUUUUAUUCGAAAUGUGCGCCAGUUUUGGUUUGGUUCGAGUUAAGUUUUUGUAAUACAUAAAAAAUAGCGGCAAGUCGUUCACAAUGUCAUUUUCAUUGCUGACUGUAUUUUAUGUCAAGAUUGUUCAACUUGCAAGAAUCCAUAUUUGUAAUUUUGAUUUAUAGAUUUGUACACUUUGUCAGUCAUGCCUUCAUUUGAAUACUGCUUAGAUAAAAGCAUCAAGACAUAAUAUGUAUAUAGUCAAUAUAAAUUAACAGUCAUUUUGGCUUUAUACUUAAUACCAGUGAUACACACUAAGGUGAAUCAGUUAGUAUUUAUAUUUCAGGUAGUAUUUAUAUUACUUCAGUACUCCAGUGAAUCUUAGUCAAACUUGUGAUUACCAUGUUUUGAGCACUUUGGGUAAAUGAUAAAAGCUUUUAUUGCCAACCAUUUUAACUUAGGAUAAGGCCUGCCCUGUGUUCUAGAACUUUUUUGGUUUUCAUGGAUGUUAAAUUUUGUAGACACUUUACCAACUUGUCUUGUUUAUAGACAUAGAAUUGACUUAUAGCAAGGGAGAUGAUAGUAAGAAGUAAGAUUAACCACAAAUAGUAACAUUUAUUUCCCUUUACAUGGGAAAAAAAGACAGUUUAAAUGAAAAAUUUACUGGACAGCAUGAUCCAAGCUGUUUUGUGAAAUUCAUUCUAAGUGUGUGCUUUAAAAAGUCCUAACAGCUUUAAUAUUUGGUCUUGUAGCAGAUUCGUUUGAAACUAAUAUCGGAUUGUUUUUCAGGUAAUACAGCUUAAAUUUUUCUAUCAUGGUUGUCAAAGAUAAUUUUUCAGUGCAAGUAUAAAUUAGAUGAUCAUUGCCUAAGGAACGAUACAAAUAUAUGACCUGUUGUAUUAUUUUGUUAUAGAUUUGCAUUAACAACUAUAUUUGAAGGUCUAUGUCAGAUCAAAACUGGACGAUAUAGUUAAAAUAGUUAAAUUCUAUCCAGUGUGUUACUUUGUGUUGCCACGUCUUUCUUUGGUUUUGUUUUAACUAUAUAUUUAGAUGAAAUUCAUUGGAUAUGCAAGUUUGAAUGCCUUUGCCUAUCUUGGUUCUGCAACCAACUAACACAGAUGAGAAAUAAAUGAAAUCAGAAACUAAACACGGUAUUAAAACGUUCUUUUUGCUUCAGAUUGUUGAAAUAAUCUGAUAUUCAUCAAAUUCAAAUGUAAAAAUAGAAAUUAUAUUGAAAUAGAAAGAAAUACUUGGCUUUUUAUACGCCCAAAGGGACGUAUUAUGUUAUACCCCCGGUGUCCUUCCUUGCGUCUGUCCGUCUGUUAGCAAUUUCAUGUCCGCUCUGUAACUCUUGAACCCCUUGAAGGAUUUCAAAGAAACGACACAAAUGUUCUGGACGACAUGCAGAGUGCAUGUUCUUGAUGGCUCGCUUCAAGGUCAAGGUCACACUUAGGGGUCAAACGUCAUAUGUGUUCCAUGUCUGCUCUGUAGCUCUUGAAGGAUUGUAAAGAAACUUGUCACAAAUGUUCACCACACCGAGAGGACCUGCAGAGCACAUGUUCUGGAUGUCUCACUUUAAUGUCAAGGUCACACUUUGGGUCAAAGGUCAUCGCUCUGUAACUCUUGAACCUCUUGAAGGAUUUCGAAGAAACUUUACAUAAAUGUACACCACAUUGAGACGAUAUGCAGAGCUCAUGUUGAUGGCUAGUACAAGGUCAAGGUCACAUUUAGAAGUCAAAGGUCAUACCUUCGGGCGUAUACUGCUCCGCAUUGUGGUGCUCUUGUGUAAUAUUUUCAUAUUAAAGGUGUUGGGGGUAAUUACAAAAUUUUAAGAAGUCAAUAAAUUCUAGUAAUAAAGGAUCUAACUUUAUAUGAUGGGUCUUUUUUUAAAUAAAUCUGUUGAAGGAAUAUACAAAACAAAACUGAAAAAUGUUGUGGAAUAUUGCUUAAAUGUGAUAGAUCACCUUUAAUACUAGAAAUAUAAUAUUUUUGUCCAAAAGAUGAUUGUAGGUUGGAAAUUAUGUUACUACCUGUACAAAAUUGUGUUGCAAUACAGAACUUCUGAUUAAAUGUACACAUUUUUAUGAAACCGACUCUUGGAACAGAAAAUGCCCAAACCUUAAAACAGUAACUUCUCUCCACCAUAUAUUAAAUGGCAUCUCAAGUUAUUAUUGAAUCUGUUAGAUGCCACUAGAUCAAUUCUAGAAUAUGUUGCAUUUUAUUUUUAUCUAUUUUUUUUUUACAUGUGUUGCCUUUUUAUUUGCACAUUGUAUUCAGUCAGUAAAGUAAUUCAGUAGUCAGCCUAUUCAUUAGAUGCAGAAUUUGAGCCUUUCAGCUUGGUGCUGAAGUAAGGAGUCCUGGGCUUUUAUUGCCUUCUUGAUAGGUUUAAACUAUUCAGCUGCAUUUGUCAUUCAGUCAUGUUUACAUGGGUGAGUUAUCAGAUGGCUGUAAGCAAUGUAUGUCUUUCUAGGAAGAAACUCCAAUGAAAUAACUGCAACUGUAAUUCUGUGAAAUUGUUGAGUUAAGACCAGAAAAGAAAACAAAACAGUUCUACUUUUGCAAAAUUGUUUUUUACUCAUUUUCUCAUUUGGCUAAACUUUCCCAUUUCUGAUUUUAUUGUUGAGCCCGCUUGCGGUGAGCUCGAUAUAGUCGUCACCUUUGGUGGGUCGGUGUAUGUGCGUGCGUCCGUCCAUGCAUCCGAUUUUGUCCGGACCAUAACUUUGACAUGCAUGGACCAAUCUUGUUUAUAUUUGGCAUGAAUGUUUACCUCAAUGACAAGGAGUCUCAUGCACAAACCCCAUGUUCCUAUCUUAAAGGUGAAGGUCACAGUUGGAGGUCAAAGGUCAAAUUGAAGUUUGUCCAGAGCAUUUCUUCUUCAUGUAUGGUGGGAUUUUGAUGUAACUUGGCAUGAAUGUUCACCAUUAUGAGAUAUAAUGUCAUGCGCAAGAACCAGGUCCUUAGGUCUACGGUCAAGGUCACACUUAAGAGGCCAAAGGUGCUGGCGGGCUCGACAUUCUGCCCAUGGGGAUGCAGAAUGUAUUUCUGUUUUUCUGCAUGAUGGCCAAAUACCUUGUUUUCUAGUUUCGCUUUCGUUGGAAAACAUUGUCAUUGUUUGGCUUCCACUGUUUAUGGACAACUUUUCAUUACUUCAUGGUGAAGUAUAUUAAGCAUUUAGAUCAGUAUUGGCAUAAUUCAGAAGUUCUUCCUUUAAUUAUAAAGUAUUCCUGUGUCUUUUGGCCAUUACGAGUACAUGGCUUUUUAUACUAGCAGAGAAAUGCUUGGCUUAUACACGGAGAAUAUAAAUGGAAACAUCCAGCAGUCAUUUCAGGUCCAUUAUGCAUGUAUGCAGAGGGUUUAUAUUCAACAUUCUCAGUCUGAAAUUGACACAUUUAACUAAGAUCCAAAACAAAAGUUUUUUAACUUUAAUAGGUUUUUUUUUUUAGCAAAAACCUGACAAAAUCACAAACGUAGCAUAAUAGUCAUGUUUUAUAAAAAAAUUACCUGUUAUCAGAUUUAAAACUUGGAUCUAUAACAAAACAAGCAAUUUGAAAAUAGAUUUUUCUGAAUCUGAACAUAGUUGAAUACACACCCUUGCUUUGAUAUUGUGACCAGGAAACUAUUUUAUUUUUGUACUGUUGUGUUGGCUUUUUAUCAACUAUGUCAUACUGUUGUUUCAAAGCUUUAUAUUAGAGAUUAUAUCUGUAACCUCA